AACAUCAUACCAUCUCUCUCCCUCAGCCCCCAUUGCUUUAGCCAUGCCAGAUCUCGAAGCGAAGUACGUUCAUGUUGCCGAAGCUUCGUCAUCGUCCUCGCCGAAGAUAUUCUGUCGUCAUCUCCCCCAAGUCUCGGAAACGUCCCCUACCGAAGAACGCGUAGCGUACCUCUCUGCUCUCCGUAGCAACACCAUCAAGCUUCAGGACGAGAUUAAUACCUUUCUGACGAACAAAAUGGAACACGAUAAAGCUGUGGCUGAUGGCAAAGGAAACAUCGAUGAUUCUAAGGAGGAAGAGAACUACGUGCAACGUCGCAAAGAGGGGCGUAUAGACUGCAAAGGUGGCCCGGUACCAGCGCCGUGGGACAUAACUUCGACCGGCCGCAAAGCUCACAAAUACUGGACAAGAGAAUCUACGGAAUCUCCCAGUAGUAAUCAUGAGCUCUCCAACGCACAGAGCCGCAGAAUGUCUAACUUUACGCUAUAUGAGGCCGCCCCGCAUCUAUCUGAAGAGACGAUAGAAUGA